AUGUUUACCAAAGAAGAGUUUAUACCCCAAGAGGCCAAUCGAUGGUUGUUUAUAGCCGCUCCCGCCAUAGCCAUGGUGGGCGCAUUAAUGACCAGUGUGGUGAUUCCUUGGGCUCAUCCAAUUUUGGUGAAUGGGUUGGAGUUUAAAUUUCAGGCGGCCGAUCUCAACAUAGGCGUUUUGUAUGUAUUUGGUGUGGUGUCAUUGGGCGUAUAUGGGGUUAUGUUGGGCGGUUGGUCGUCCAAUAAUAAAUACGCCUUGAUGGCGGCGGUUCGUUCUUCUUCUCAAAUGAUUUCAUAUGAGAUUGCCAUGGGAUUGGCCAUGCUGGCCAUUUUAAUGAGUUCGGGAAGUUUAAGUUUAAACGAUAUUGUGGAACAACAAUCGGGCAUGCGAUGGAAUGUAUUUUACCAACCCUUGGCCUUUUUAAUUUUUUUGGUGUGCUCUUUUGCCGAAAGCAAUCGAAUGCCUUUUGAUUUGCCCGAGUCCGAAUCCGAAUUGGUGGGAGGGUAUCAUACCGAAUAUUCGUCCAUGAAACUUGGGCUGUUUUUGUUUUCAGAGUAUGUGCAUAUGUUCAUUUCAUCGGCCAUCAUAUCCACUUUGUUUUUUGGAGGGUAUUCUUACCCAGGCAUGGAUUGGAUGGCCAAUCACUUUCCAAUAUGGGCCACGGCAUUAAUAACCGUUCAAUAUCCUGAGGUAAAGCGUGAUAUAGCCGCCAUUUGGCGUGGCCGUCAUGUAUUAAAACGCGAUGAUGAAGGCCGAGAACGUUGUACCGCUUGUGGGCUAUGUGCUUUGGCGUGUCCAGCCGAAGCCAUUACCAUGGUGGCCGCCGAACGCACCGCCGACCAAAGACAUUUGUAUCGGGAAGAAAAAUAUGCGGCGGUAUAUGAAAUCGAUAUGAUUCGAUGCAUUUAUUGUGGAUUGUGUGAAGAAGCCUGCCCAAAAGAGGCCAUUUUUUUAACGCCCGAAUUGACCAAGCCCGAAACCGAUCGUCAAAAAUUCAUUUAUGGCAAAGACGUUUUGGUGGAGCGCAUGGACCAAAGAAUUGAU